AUGCUGAUCCUUGAAGGUCAGGAGGCCUACGUACGCAUAAACAAUAUUGAUGGACGCCCGUUCCCCCUUCGCUGUGGAACUCGCCAAGGCAACCCUCUUUCGCCUUUAAUUUUCAACAUUGCGCUUGAACCCUUUCUACGUCAACUUGAGACUUUGGAAGGGCUUGAAUUAAGUUUCAAAGGCUGUUACUUGGAAACCAUCCACUAUCAUGCUUUUGCCGACGAUGUGAACAUUUAUCUCAAUUCGCUCAGAGAUUAUAGGAGAUGUCAUGGUAUAAUUGCGCAAUUUGAGACGGCCAGCAAUAGUCGCCUCAAUCAUAGCAAAUCCAAACUCAUUGGAUUCCACAGAAAUUACCCCCAGCUCGAAUCCAACAUCCUACCAUUUUCCAAGACCUCAGUGUAUCAUAAUGAUACUAAGUAUCUUGGCUUCGCGAUCACUGGCACUCAGUGGUCAACGCUCAUAAGCAAGCUACGAGAUGCUAGCAGACUCCAAGGAUACAUGAGCCUUAACCUCAUCACUAGGGCUCUCGGUUCGAACAUAUUUAUCAGUUCUAAAGCAGUCUAUAAGGACCUAGUACACUGUAUGUCACGGUCUGAGCUUACUUCAAUGGACAAAGCGAUCGAAGACUUUUUCCCGGGAAUCUCGGCGUCCAAAUUGCACGCCAACCCGAAGAAUGGAGGUUUUGGUCUCAUUGAGAUGAAGAUACAACUUCAAGGCCACAGAGCAGCAGUCUUAGCUGCCAUCCUCGAGGAUAAACACACUUGGUAUGUGCAAUAUCUCCGACUCAAGCUAAAGCAUCAUAUGGCAAAAAUCAUUUUGCAACAAGAGCAUGUUGAUAUUCUGUUGGUCACCUCCCUAGACCCAGCGGACUUCUUAUUCGAGCAAUCGGAUAUCUUUUAUCAACACUUACAUUGGACAUUUUCGGACAGUGAGAUAGGGUACUUACGGGCGUGGCAGAAGGUGGUCCGACGCACCCGAUCUUACGUAGGAAACAGCCUAUUCACCAGCGAACCUAACCAUGAUGGUUCCCUACGUGCCUCUCUUCGCCGACAGCCGGUGAUUUCUACAGGAGAGCAGAACGCUUGUCUCAAGAACCAAUUUACGUCUUUGAGCAGACAGGAGCAUCAAAAAGGUGGCCCCAUCAUUCCGGAUCACCUUACGGACAUUUGUCUUGCCUCUCAGAAUUACACUCGUUGGAAGAAGAAUGGCUCCAUCACAACGACUUCUCCGCAGUACACUUAUUCAACUUUGGAUCCUAUGUUCCUUUACAAUUUCCUCGCUCCAGUGACAAAACCAUGA